CCGGCUUGGUGGUGCCGCCGGCUCGACUUGACCAACGCUCCCAGGUUCCAACUGACGCCGCCUCCCGGUCGCUCUCGCUGCCAUUGGCCAUUGCUGGGGUAGAGACCAGGUUGGCCGCCCCCUGCUCCCGCUCCCUCUGCGUAUCUCCAUGGGCCAAGGCCAGAGUCAGUCCGCCCCUCCGGCGGAGGAGCCUUCUCCGCCCGCCGUGGAGCCGUCCUCGCCGUCUCCUGCUCCUGCCCCGGCGUCCUCCUCCCUCGAGGCGCUCGCCGCAGAGGCAAUGUCAUUUGAUGAGGGUGACACUGCGGAGUCAAUUGAUGAGAAGGUACAGAAAGCUCUGGAGUGUCCGUGUGUGGCUGAUUUGAAAAAUGGUCCUUGUGGAGGCCCAUUUGUAGCUGCAUUUUCCUGCUUCCUUAGGAGCACAGAAGAAGAGAAGGGAUCAGAUUGUGUGAGCCCCUUUAUCGCAUUGCAGGACUGCAUCAAAGCAAAUCCAGAGGCAUUUUCUAAGGAGAUUUUGGAGGAAGAGGAGAAUGAUGAGGAAGCAGAGAAGUCCAACCUGAAAGUUAGAGCUCCAGCAUGGUCUAGAGAAUCCAAGCCCAAGGCUUGAGAUUUCAUGGAAUUAACUGAUGAUACUGAGAUUCAUCCAGUUCAUGCACUUCACCUUAUUCCUUGUUCCUCUGAUAAGUUCUUCAGUAGACAGUUGUAGAUUGAUUUCAGAGAGCAGAGAGCCAAAGAGGCAUCUGAAAUCCAUCCGCAGAAAUACAUAUACUUUGUAUGGUAGAAAUGCUCUGGUGUAUUUCCUUUGCGAAUAUACACGUUACUUUGACCGGAAGCGACAAAUUUGUAAUCUAUAAAUAAUUGGGAGUUGGGAUUUGGAGUGCCAUACGAGCAAGUAAAGUUUUGCGAAGAAUCAGUUCCAUGAUGAUA